GUGCUGAGUGACGCCAUCCAAAGCGACGGAUUCCGAAGCCAUGCUGCGAGUGGCUGGCUUUGCGGUAAAUACAAGAAGAAAGGCUGAUGCCGAGAGGCAGGAGUGCGAAGGAGUUAAGAAAGAAUCGCCGACACGGAAAGACAGAGACACCUGUCAAUAAAGAAAGAGGAAAAAGAGACAGAGGGGCAAAAUAUAAAGCUACCGUUUAAGUUCGAGAUGGAUGUGAAAGAGGAGAUAUGUGAAGCUUACAUAGACAUCCUGGAGGAAAGCACUGUAAAAGUUAAAGAGGAGGCUUGUGAAUGGACGUGUGUCCACCAGGAGAGUCUGGGCAUUAAAGAUGUGGAUUGUGAGCUGGGGUCAGUAGAUAUUAAAGAAGAGACUGAGGAGAAGUGUGUCAGCAAUGAGAAACACAAGCAUAAAAGUGUCGAAGAAGACCAUCUUCAUUAUGAAUACCAAGAUGAAAGGUUCAUCUCUUCUCAAACCAGACACAGCUCAUCUCCAGAGCCUUAUAUCAUUGUGAAGAUUGAAUCAUUAGAGUCUGACAUCAAGAGGCCUGAAGACAUUUCAGCUGUUAGAAGUGAGGGAGAUCUGCCACCACCUGCAAAGAAGUCUAAAAAAGAUGACAAAUCUCACUGCUGUUCUGACUGUGGCAAACAAUUCUGUUACAGGAGUGCUCUGCAGAGACACACUAGAACUCACACUGGAGAGAGGCCAUAUUGCUGUUCAGAAUGUGGUAAACGAUUCUCUCAUAGGAGUACUCUUCAGAGCCACACUAGUGUUCACACUAAAGAGAAGCCGUAUUGCUGUUUGGAAUGUGGCAAAAGAUUCUCUCACAGGAAUAGUCUUCAGAGCCACAAUCAUGUUCACACUAAAGAGAAGCCGUAUUUCUGUUUUGAAUGUGGAAAACAAUUCUCAGAAAGGAAUACUCUUCAGAGACACAUUAGAAUCCACACAGGAGAGAAAUCAUAUUGCUGUAAUGAAUGUGGUAAACGAUUUCAUUAUGGCAGUAAUCUUCGCAGGCAUAUUAAAUUUCACACCGGAGAGAAGCCAUACAGCUGUGAUGAAUGUGGCAAACGAUUCUGUAGCAGGCAAAAUCUUCAAAGCCACAAACGAAUUCACACCGGAGAGAAGCCAUAUUGCUGUAAUGAAUGUGGAAAACAGUUCCGUGAAAGAAGUACACUUCAGAGUCACAAAAGAAUUCACACCGGAGAAAAGCCAUAUUGCUGUUCUGAAUGUGGCAAACACUUCCGUGGCAGGGGUAGCCUUCAUACCCACAAAAGAAUUCACACAGGAGAGAAGCCAUAUUGCUGUUCUGAAUGUGGCAAGGCAUUCUCACGAAUGAAGUAUCUUCAGAGCCACGAAAGACUUCACCUAGGAGAAAAGCCUUAUUGCUGUUCUGAAUGUGGAAAACAAUUUGUGCAUAUGCACAGUCUUAAGAGACACUGUACAGUCCACACAGGAAGGAAGGAGGAAACCCCGAAGAGUAAGUUGGCAGGUGAAGAAGGAAGAAAUGGGAGAAAGGAGUGUAAGGAAGAAGCAGCUGCCAUUUACCUUAACACCAAGAUGGAUGUAAAAGAGGAGACUUCUAUGGCUGACACUAAUUCCAUGGAGGUGAUGACUGCAAAUAUUAAGAAGGAGGAAUGUGAAUGGGAGUCUGCCUAUUCUAACAAGGAAAGUGUCUGCAUUAAGGAUGGAAAUUAUGAACUGGUAACUACUGAGGGGAUUAAAGAAGAGGCAGAGGAGACAUCUGGCGGCAUUGAGAUGCACAAGCAUAAAAUUAUGGAGCAUGUCGACGUCAAGUUGGGGUCUGAAUCAUCACAGUCUGACACAAAGAGGACUGAGGACAUUUUGCCUGUUAGAAUUUGCGAUCAACCACCACCUACACUUAAGUCUGGAGAAAGAAACAAACCUCACUGCUGUUCAGAAUGUGGGAAUCGCUUCUCUUUUUGGUCUGAGCUUCUGAAACACACUAGAAUUCACACAAAAGAGAAGCUGUAUUGCUGUGAUGAAUGUGACAAACGAUUCUAUGACAGGAGCCAUCUUCAGGACCACAAAAGAAUUCACACUGGAGAGAAGCCAUUUUGCUGUUCUGAAUGUGGCAAAAAAUUCUUUCGCAGGAGUACUCUUCAAAGACACAUUGUAAUUCACACAGGAGAGAAGCCGUAUCGCUGUAAUGAAUGUGGCAUGCAAUUCUCCCAUCGCAACAACCUUCAGAGCCAUACAAGAAUUCACACAGGGGAUAAGACAUUUUGCUGUAAUGAAUGUGGCAUGCAGUUCUCGCAUCGCAGCAGCCUUCAGAGACACACAAGAAUUCACACAGGAGAGAAGCCAUUUUGCUGUUCUGAAUGUGGCAAACGAUUCUGUCGCAUGAGUAGUCUUCAAAGACACAAUGUAAUUCACACAGGAGAGAAGCCGUAUCGCUGUAAUGAAUGUGGAAUGCAAUUCUCCAAUCGCAGCAACCUUCUGAGACACACAAGAAUUCACACUGGGGAUAAGCCACAUUGCUGUAACGAAUGUGGCAAAGCAUUUGUACGAAUGCGUGAUCUUCAGCGACACGCAAAAUUUCACACAAGAGAGAAGCCAUAUUGCUGUAAUGAAUGUGGCAAAGCAUUUGUACGAAUGCGCGGUCUUCAGCGACACGCACAAAUUCACACAGGAGACAAGCCUUAUUGUUGUAAUGAAUAUGGCAGACAAUUUUCAGAAAACAGCCACACCAGUAUUCACACUGGAAUCUCCUAUCUUCAGAGUCACACAGAGGAAAAAGCAUAUUCCUGUAAUGAAUUUGAAAGACAGUUGAAACAUGUGAUCAACUUUCAAACUUGUGAACAAGUUCAUGCUGCAAAGAAGCCAUACUGCUGUUCUGAAUGUGAUAAACAGUUCAUUAACAAACAAAUUUUUGAAACCCACUCAAAAACUCAUGUAGAUGCAAAGACAUUUUCUUGUUCUGAAUGUGGAAAACAAUUCUCUGGUGAUAGCUGUUUUCAGAGACACAAAAGAAGUCACACAAGGAAGAGGCCAUAUGCUUGUUCUCAAUGUGGAAAACGAUUUGCUGACAAGUGCGAUCUUUUGAGACAUGGAAGAAUUCACACCGGAGAGAAGCCAUUUUGCUGUAAUGAAUGUGGUAAACAGUUUUCACAAAUGUACUCUCUUCAGAGACACACAAGAAUUCACACGGGAGAGAAGCCGUAUAGCUGUAGUGAAUGUGGCAGACAAUUCUCUGACAAGAGCCAUUUUCAGAGUCACUUGAGAAUUCACACUGGAGAGAAGCCGUAUUGCUGUUUGGAAUGUGGCAGACGUUUUACACGAUUGAGCUAUUGUCGGAGACACAGUAAAAUUCACGCAAAAGAGAAGAAGUAAGCAAACCUAGCCAUUGUUGAGAAUUAAAGUAUGGAAAGUAGUUUUGCCAUGAUGAAGUUUGGUGUACAUCUUAUAUAACAAAGCCCACCAUGUGAAGGUACUGAUCAAGACUUGAGUAGUUAGUUAGUGUGACAAGAAUUGACAAGAGACAUCAAAAAGGUUUGGGGCAGCCACCCGUAAAAUAUAGCCCUGCCUGCAAAUGGCUGUGUUUUUUGGUGAGUUGUGUUCAGGUUCAAGUCCAAAACAGAAAUGAUUCAAAUGUGUAAAGAUGGCAGCUUUAAAGGUCGAGACAGGAAGUGAUAUCAUUGUGACCGGAAGUGAUGUCAUCGUUGGCACUGGAAGUGACAUCGUUGUUGCCGGAACCGGAAGCAAUGUCAUCAUGGGUGCCGCAACACAAUGGGAUUUCCCGUGAAUGGUCUGCAGAGGAUUGCAAGAGAAAGUCAGUGCAUCUCGCCACCCCCCUGGUCUGGCAUGGAAUUAUCGCAAUUCUGCCUCCCAUUCGCACAUGUGUGACAGUAGGUAACUUUUGACACCCCCCUUUUUUUUUUUUGCUACAUACAGACCCAUCAAAGAUUUGGUACAUUUCUCCUGUUAAAAUAAACACUGUACAGGAUCAUGUCACAAUCCUAGCUAUUAGUUUAACCCAGUAAGUUCUGAACAGUUAACAAUUUAAAACCAAAAAUAAAUACUGAUGAUACCUAGGAAUAUUUAAAUUCUUGGGGUUGGUAUGCCAAGACAAACACUUGAGAGUCCCUUGUAUAGAUCUAAUCCAACUAAACCCCACCAUGUUAAGGUGCUGAUCAAAACCUGAAUAGUUAGAUAGAUACUUUAUUAAUCCCAAUGGGAAAUUCACAUUCUUCAGCAGCAGCAUACUGAUACAAUAAAUAAUAUUAAAUUAAAGAAUGAUAAUAAUGCAGGUGAAAAACAGACAAUAACUAUGUAUAAUGUUAAAUGUUAACGUUUACCCCCCCCGGAUGGAAUUAAAGAGUCGUAUAGUUUGGGGGAGGAACGAUCUCCUCAAUCUGUCAGUGGAGCAAGACAGUGACAGCAGUCUGUCGCUGAAGCUGCUCUUCUGUCUGGAGAUGAUACUAUUAAGUGGAUGCAGUGGAUUCUCCAUAAUUGAUAGGAGCCUGCUGAGCGCCCUUCGCUCUGCCACAGAUGUUAAACUGUCCAGGUGACAUUUGACCCUUUCCUCUCUGUUCCCAUUCCUCAGGACUUUAUUAGCCCCAAGAGAGGAAGUAACCACAUCAAGCCAUUGUUGGCAAUUACAGUGCAUCCGGAAAGUAUUCACAGCGCAUCACUUUUCCCUCAUUUUGUUAUGUUACAGCCUUAUUCCUAAAUGGAGUAAAUUCAUUUUUUUCCUCAGAAUUUUACACAACACCCCAUAAUGACAACGUGAAAAAAGUUUACUUGAGGUUUUUGCAAAUUUAUUAAAAAUAAAAAAAUGGAGAAAUCCCAUGUACAUAAGUAUUCACAGCUUUUGCUCAAUACUUUGUCGAUGCACCUUUGGCAGCAAUUACAGCCUCAAGUCUUUUUGAAUAUGAUGCCACAAGCUUGGCACACCUAUCCUUGGCCAGUUUCGCCCAUUCCUCUUUGCAGCACCUCUCAAGCUCCAUCAGGUUGGAUGGGAAGCGUCGGUGCACAGCCAUUUUAAGAUCUCUCCAGAGAUGUUCAAUCAGAUUCAAGUCUGGGCUCUGGCUGGGCCACUCAAGGACAUUCACAGAGUUGUCCUGAAGCCACUCCUUUGAUAUCUUGGCUGUGUGCUUAGGGUCAUUGUCCUGCUGAAAGAUGAACCGUCGCCCCAGUCUGAGGUCAAGAGCGCUCUUGAGCAGGUUUUCAUCCAGGAUGUCUCUGUACAUUGCUGCAGUCAUCUUUCCCUUUAUCCUGACUAGUCUCCCAGUCCCUGCUGCUGAAAAACAUCCCCACAGCAUGAUGCUGCCACCACCAUGCUUCACUGUAGGGAUGGUGCCAGGUUUCCUCCAAACGUGACGCCUGGCAUUCACACCAAAGAGUUCAAUCUUUGUCUCAUCAGACCAGAGAAUUUUCUUUCCCAUGGUCUGAGGGUCCUUCAGGUGCCUUUUGGCAAACUCCAGGCGGGCUGCCAUGUGCCUUUUACUAAGGAGUGGCUUCCGUCUGGCUACUCUACCAUACAGGCCUGAUUGGUGGAUUGCUGCAGAGAUGGUUGUCCUUCUGGAAGGUUCUCCUCUCUCCACAGAGGACCUCUGGAGCUCUGACAGAGUGACCAUCGGGUUCUUGGUCACCUCCCUGACUAAGGCCCCUCUCUCCCGAUCGCUCAGUUUAGAUGGCUGGCCAGCUCUAGGAAGAGUCCUGGUGAUUUCGAACUUCUUCCACUUAUGGAUGAUGGAGGCCACUGUGCUCAUUGGGACCUUCAAAGCAGCAGAAAUUUUUCUGUAACCUUCCCCAAAUUUGUGCCUCGAGACAAUCCUGUCUCGGAGGUCUACAGACAAUUCCUUUGACUUCAUGCUUGGUUUGUGCUCUGACAUGAACUCUCAACUGUGGGACCUUACAUAGACAGGUGUGUGCCUUUCCAAAUCAUGUCCAAUCAACUGAAUUUACCACAGGUGGACUCCAAUUAAGCUGCAGAAACAUCUCAAGGAUGAUCAGGGGAAACAGGCUGCACCUGAGCUCAAUUUUGAGCUUCAUGGCAAAGGCUGUGAAUAUUUAUGUACAUGUGCUUUCUCAAUUUUUUUAUUUUUAAUAAAUUUGCAAAAAUCUCAAACUUUUUUCACAUUGUCUUUAUGGGGCGUUGUGUGUAGAAUUCUGAGGAAAAAAAUUAAUUUAAUCCAUUUUGGAAUAAGGCUGUAACAUAAAAAAAGGUGGAAAGAGUGAUGCGCUGUGAAUACUUUCCAGAUGCACUGUAAACCAUGAGAAAAGCACACCUGAACUGUCAAAGUAAGGUUCACUCCUGCAAGCUCACCAAGAACAUUUGGAGAAGUACACCUGGAAAGAACCCCUGGUUCCAAAUGUGGCAGACGGUUCUCACAAACCCGGAUAUCUUGUGGGCCACAAAAGAAGUCACAUUGGGUGUUGCCUCCAGAAGCCCUUGUGGAGAACAUUAGAGGGGAAAGAAGGAGGAAGAAGACAAAAUUUACCUGCCUAACUUCUCAAGUCUUUGAGUACCUUAACAUGUUGGGUUUAAUUGGAUAAUUAGAUAAACUGUAUUAAUCUCAUGGGGAAAUCCAGAUCCAUACAGCAGCAGAACCGUAAAAAACAAGGCUACAGACUCGCAGGACAAUUAAUAGUCAAUCUAUCAACAUAAAUAAUUUAAAUGUAUAUUGUGCAAAUAUUUCAAAAUGAACUUAACAAAUAUGUCAGGUGAAAGAAUUGAAUUGCCUGAUAGCACAGGGCAGAAAAGACCCCCAGAGGCGCUGCUUAGCACAACGUGGUGAAAUAAGCCUGUGGCUAAAAGUGCUUCAGGAGAGUGCCUCCUGCAGGUGAUGGAGGGGAUUUUCAUGAUGGCAUCCUCAUCCUCUUUUCUACAACAGCUUCCCAUGUGUCCGGGGUUCACCCUGUGAUGUUGCAGGUUUUCCUGAUAAGUUUGCUCAGGCGUUGUGCUUCUUUUGAGCUCAGAUUGCUUCUCCAGGACACUGCAGCAUAGAACACCACACUAGCUACUAUGGAUUGGUAGAACAUUUCCAGCAGCUUGCUGCACACAUCAAAAGCCCCGAGUCUCCUUAGCAAGCCCAGUCUGCUCUGGUCCUUCUUGUCCAGCACCAAUUUGUUGUUCAUAUGGACCCCCAGGUACUUGUAGCUCUGCACUUUUUCGACAUCCUCCCCCUGAAUGCUGACUGGUCUCAGAGGCUUCUUGGCAUGUCGGACAUCCACCACCAACACUUCUGUCUUACUGAUGUUUAGUUGCAGGCUGUUUUCCCUGCACCACAAGACAAAGUCCUCUACCACCUUCUGUACUCUGACUCACCUCCAUUAUGAAUGCAGCCUAUGAUGGACGAGUCAUCUGACAUUUUCUGCAGAUGGCAAGCACUGGUAUUGUGCUGGAAGUCUGUUGUGUAGAGGAUAGACAGGAAGGGAGACUGGACAGUUCCUUGAGGUGCUCCACUCAUACACACCAUCAUUUCUGACACACAGGCCCUCAGCAUCACAAACUGCCGUCUGUUGGUCGGGUGGUCCAUGAUUCAAGAGACUGAGGGGACAUCAAAAUUCAAAAGCCUUGAGCUUUUUCCUCAGCUGAUGAGGCAGAAUGGUGUUAAAAGCACUGGAAAAGUCAAAGAACAUGAUCCUGACUGUGGUGCGAGCUUGGUUCUGGUGGGAGUAGGUCCGGUGGAGCAUGGAGCUCAGCAUCCUCCACACCUAUAUGUGUCUGAUAGGCAAACUGCAGAGGAUCAUGAUGUUCUGAAACCAGGGGUCUUAGCUGUGUCAGCUAGAGGGCUUAAAUAAUAGUAGUACCAUGCCAGACCAGGGGAUGGUGAGCUAGACACUAACUUUAUCUGUCCUCUGCAGACUAUCCUUGGGAAAUCCCAUUAGGUACAGGCGCCAUAGAUGACAUCACUUCCAGUCCCGGCACCAUAGAUGACAUCACUUCCGGUACCAGUGCCAAAGAUGAUAACACUUCCGGUACUGGUGUUCUGACUGAUGUCACUUCCGGUUUUGGUCCAGAUGACGUCACAUCUGGUCACGGCCUUUAAAGCUGUCAUUUUUCCAAGCUCAAAUCAGUUCUGUUUUGGAAUCCAACCUGUAAACAACUCUACAAAAAUAACCAUUUUGCAGCCAAGGUAUAAUAUACAGGUGGCUGCCCCAAACCUUUUUGAGGUCUGUGGACUGUUAUUGUGACAGUGGCGUAGUCAGAAACAGAAAUGAUGUCAUCUAUGGCGCCGGUACCUAAUGGGAUUUCCCAAGGAUAGUCUGCAGAGGACGGAGAGAGAGAGAGAGUGCAGGUUGCCAUCCCCUUGUCUGACAUGGUACUACUAUUAUUUAAGCUUGCUAGCUGCCUCCCAUGCACAUGUGCGUGUCAGCUGUUUUAGGACCACCUUCUCAAAGGUCUUCAGACCAGUUGCUUAUACUUCAUACAUCAUGAAGUCCUUGGGAACACCAGAAUGCCCUGUCUUUAGCAUUGGGGGCCACACAGGGUGCUUUUGACAGCUGGGGAACCUUCUGCAAAUUUAGGAAGAGGGAGAACAGAUGCUGAUGGACCCCACAGACCUGAUUUAUAUAAGAGCUGUAACCGGGGUUUUCAGCCUUUUGUCAUGGCAUACCAACCCCAAGAAUGUAGAUAUUUCUCAGUACCAGUAUAGAAUUUAGAUAUUCUGAGGUGCCAGUAGUUUAUAUUUGUUUAAAACUGUUAAGUCUUGAACUGUUAUUGGGUAAAACUAAUAGCGAAGUUUUUAACAGUGGGAUUGUGUGAUAUCAAGAGUAAGGUACCAAAUCUGCUUUAUUUUGAAAUGAUGGGUCUACAUGCAGCAAAACGCUCUUUACCUAACAUUGCUGUGCUUAACGUCUGGUAAAGCACUGGAACUGCCUGAUUCUUUGUUGAUUGCAAUUUUGAUAUGUAAUGUGUUUAAAAAUGUGUUGACUCUAAACGAGACCACUCCAUCUGGGUGUUUACUUUGCAGUGCACCGGGGUUCUGACUGGAACUGUUAGAUCAGAACCGAACAGCAAAUGAGUAGCCGUUGAGUGGUCGACGUCCUCCCAGCUUUUGACUGUAACACUGAUAACGGAAUCCACUCUCAUCCUUUUCAUUGUUCCUCAUCACUGCAGGUUGAUGUUACCUCUCCAUUUAUCUUCCUACAUCUGUCCGUAAUCAAAUUGUGUAAUUUUAUUCAUGGCUUCUUCUUCCUCUGCUUGUAGAACUUUGACUUUCAAACAUGUAUCUGUUGUUUGGUGUUUGAUAUUAGUUUGUAUCCCAUGUUAUUAAUGUCAUCUUUGCUUUUAUUUCUAUUGUAUUACUUUUUAAUAUUUGCGAAGGGCUGUCAGUGUGGGAACGGUGCUACAUAAAUAAAAUGUCACUGUCUUCUGGUUUUUCUUCUU